UGCUGCUGACUCGGGUACCACCUCUUGCCAGAGCCCUUCUUUCUCCCGCGGCUCUCCCUUCCUCCCAUCCUCCGGAGAAGUGCCUUCCUUGCCCGUCUCCUCCAGCUCCAGCUCCAAAAUGGAAUGUCACCGGGACUAUGCCAAGGAGCAGCUGGAGCAUUGGCAGGAGCAGUGCGGCCGCCAGGGACCGCCUGCCUUGACUACAGCAGCAGGAAUCCCAGUGGGAAACCAUCGGAAUGUCCUGACGGUGGGUCCACGAGGCCCCCUCUUGGUUCAGGAUGUAGUUUUUGCUGAAGUUAUGACACAUUUUGAUGAAGAGAGGAUUCCUGAAAGACUAGCUCAUGCCAAAGGAGCAGGUGCUUUUGGCUAUUUUGAAGUGACUCAUGAUAUCACCCAAUAUUGCAAAGCAAUCCUAUUUGAGCACAUUGGUAAAAGAACUCCCAUUGCCGCUCGACUUUCUGCUAUUGUUGGUGAAUCAGGUUCAGCUGACACAGUUCGUGAUCCCCGAGGCUUUGCAGUGAAGUUCUAUACAGAAGAUGGUAACUGGGACUUUGUAGGGAACAACACUCCCAUCUUCUUUAUUAGAGAUCCAAUGCUGUUUCCAUCCUUGAUCCAUAGUCAAAAGAGGAAUCCCCAGACCCAUCUGAGAGAUGCAAACAUGUCAUGGGAUUUUUUCAGUCUUCGCCCUGAGACUCUGCACCAGCUAUCAUUUGUAUUCAGUGAUCGUGGCAUUCCAGAUGGAUAUCGCCAUAUGCACGGCUUUGGAUCAAAUACUUUCAAGCUAGUGAAUGCCUGUGGAAAAGCAGUGUACUGCAAAUUCCAUGCAAAGACUGACCAGGGAAUCAAAAAUCUUACUGUUGAAGAAGCAGAAAAACUGGCUUCUAAAGAUCCUGACUAUGGUCUACGUGAUCUUUACAAUGCUAUUGCUAAUGGGAAUUAUCCAUCAUGGAGUUUCUAUAUUCAAGUCAUGACAUUUGAACAAGCUGAGACAUCACCAUUUAAUCCUUUUGAUUCAACUAAGGUUUGGCCUCACGGGGAUUAUCCUCUCAUUCCUGUGGGAAAGAUUGUUUUAAACAGGAAUCCUGUCAACUAUUUUGCUGAGGUGGAACAAAUUGCCUUUGACCCAAGCAACAUGAUCCCAGGAAUUGAACCUAGCCCUGAUAAAAUAUUGCAGGGGCGCCUCGUGUCCUACCGAAACACCCAGAGACACCGUCUAGGAUCCAAUUAUCUGCAAAUUCCUGUAAAUUGCCCAUACCGAACUCGAGUAGCCAAUUACCAGAGAGAUGGGUAUAUGUCCAUAUCUGGCAACCAAGGUGGUGCUCCAAACUAUUAUCCAAACAGUUUUAAUGGCCCUCAGGACCAGCCCUAUUUGAAGGAAUCCAGUGAAAAUAUCUCAGGUGACAUACAGCGCUUCAAUGAUGAAAAUGAGGACAAUGUAUCUCAGGUACGAGUCUUCUAUACCAAAGUAUUGACAGAGGAAGAACGUGAAAGGCUCUGUGGGAACAUUGCUGGUCGUCUCAAGGAUGCUCAGCUUUUCAUUCAGGAGAGAGCUGUGAAGAAUUUCACUGAUGUUCAUCCUGACUAUGGCGCACGCAUUCAAGCACACUUGGAUAAACACAAUGCUCAAGACUCCAAAAAGGGUUCAGUACACUCUUGCACACAAGCUUCAUCUAAGACUGGAAAGAGCUAAUGGCAUGAUGUCAAAAUAUCAGUUCUGCUAAUUAGAGCUUUAUCUCAUGAAAUUACAAUCAAUCCAACUGGAAAAUGAUACAUGUAGUGCCUUAAUAAAUGUUUCCAUGUUUUUUAACACCAAGCAGUAAAAUGUUGUUAAGUUCUGCAGAUCAAUUAAUCAAAAUUUAUUUUCUAACUACGGUAAUCUUUCAUUUAUUUAUUAAAGCGAGCAUACAUAAUACUGGGAAGACCUUUAACUUGCAGCUUGGAGACCCUCAUAAUAGCUUUGGCACACAGAAUUGACAUCCAUCCAACCAGAAAAUUUUAUAUGUGAAGCCUUUAUACAUAAAAACAUCAUUUUACUAUAAUAACUAUUAGGCUGGUGAUUGCAAUGCCAAACUAACCCAACAAUUUGCAUUUGUGAUUGUAGGUAAUCCAAAUUACAUUGUAUGUACACUCAGCCUGGAUCUAUACUGCCUUAUAUUCCAGUAUCUGAUUCCAGAUUAUCUCUUUAUCCCAGAUUAUCUGACAAUGUAGACUCAUAUAAUCCAGUUCAAAGCAAAUAAUCUGGGAUGAGAUCCUGGGAUAUAGUGCAGUACAGAUCCAGGCUGAGGCUACAAUAGUAAUAACUUUUUAAGUGAAACAUAAAACUUUAGACAGCAGCAAUUUCAAAAAGUAAACCCCAAUUUCCCCUUUUUAUAUAAGGGACACAAUUUUACUAUGCCACUGUGUAUAAUAGACCUAGAGCAUCCAAGAAUGUUGGUAUACACAGGGGUCCUAGAGUCAUGGGUAACCAAGACCUCAGAGAAAGAGGAUUCCUGCCUGGUGAACGCAAGCUAACCGAAUGAACCAGGACAGAGAAACACCAGGGUGAUGACAAGACAGAUGUUUAUUCAAUCUGGCUAGAAGGGAUGCAAGUACAAGCAGAUGCUUAGAAGUGUACAAGCAUAACAUAUAGAGAGACACACAUUUUUAAUACACAUGACAGCUGUUUAAAACUCUCACUUCUCUUCCCAAUUGGCUGAGAGGGGCCGGUCUGGAUUUGCGCCCCACUUGGUUGAGGGCACUACGGAUAUGACCAUUUCCAGGCGGGGAUUCCCUUCCACAGGGAAAUGACAGCCCAAGAUUCCCCAGCUAUGGAUCCAAUCAGCUGUUGGGACACCCUCUGGGAGGGGACAUUCUAGGCAGAAAUAAUAUCCAAGAAAUUAUAGCGAGUCUUUGAUUGACUAAACUGUCCAGUUCUGAUUUUAAUAAAGGUGCAAGGCUAUGGAGACCAAAGGUGAUGAUCUCGGAUUCCCAGCAAUCAAGGGAUGAGUGUUCAAUAAAAGGUUAAGCA